UAAACCUUGGUGCUCGAACUGGAACCACAGUGACUCUUUAUCAGUAUGAAUACACAUUAAAGACAUUUAUCAAAAUGUCUGAAUUCAGCAUGAAGACCCUGAUGUUUCUGGCUCUCCUGGGAAUCAGUCUACAAGGCGCAGCAGCAGUGACUCACUCUCUGAAGUAUUUCUACACUGCGUCUUCUGGAGUCCCAAACUUCCCAGAGUUUGUGUCUGUUGGGCUGGUUGAUGAUGUUCAGAUGUUUCACUAUGACAGUAACACCAGGAGAGCAGAACCCAAACAGGACUGGAUGAGCAGAGUCACAGCAGAUGAUCCUCAGUACUGGGAGAGGGAGACUGAGGUCUCUGUGAGAGCUCAGCGGACCUUCAAAACCAACAUUGAAACUGGGAAGCAGCGCUUCAACCAAACUGGAGGUGUCCACAUUGUCCAGCUGAUGUACGGCUGUGAGUGGGAUGAUGACACUGGAGAGGUUAAUGGUUAUGAUCAGUAUGGUUAUGAUGGAGAAGACUUCAUAGCAUUUGACCUGAAGACAGGGACAUACAUCGCUCCAGUGCCACAGGCUGUCAUUACCAAACACAAGUGGGAUAAUGACAGAGCUCAGAUAGCGCAGACAAAAAACUACCUCACCCAGGAGUGCAUUGACUGGUUGAAGAAAUAUUUGGACUAUGGGAGGAGCUCUCUGCUGAGAACAGAGCUUCCCUCAGUGUCUUUCCUCCAGAAGACUUCCUCCUCUCCAGUCAGCUGCCACGCUACAGGUUUCUACCCUGACAGUGCCAUACUCUUCUGGAGGAAAGAUGGAGAGGAGCUUCAUGAGGACGUGGACCACGGAGAGAUCCUCCUCAACCACGAUGGAUCCUUCCAGAUGAGUGUUGACCUGAAACUUCAUUCAUCAGUCCCACCUGAAGACUGGAGGAGGUACGACUGUGUGUUUCAGCUCUAUGGUGGGAAGAACGACAUCGUCACCAAACUGGACAAAGCAGAGAUCAGGACAAACUGGGAGGAUCCCAUUUACAUCACCAUAAAGAUUACUGCUAGAGUGGUUGUUCUUGCUGUCGUCCUCAUUGGUGCUAUUGGAUUUAUUGUUUACUGAAAAGAAGAAAGGUGAGUGCCCCAAUUGAAAUGAGUUGAUGCUCUGCAGACUUAAAAACUUAAGGAACAUUUCAUAGUGCACCAAAAUCUGAAGUAGCCAACAGUAGCAGAGUAAGGCUCAGAGUAGAAUAUAAAUCUACAGAAUAAUACACAUAAUCUAAACAGAGAGGAAAAGGGGAUUUAUUUCUCAGUUUAUAUGAGAGAAUGCGAUUCAGAGGGCAAAACAAAAGAUCUUCUGGCAUUUGUGACAAAUUCAAUUAUUUAUCUUUUCUUCUUAUUUCAGCCAUUUGCCGUCCACGUCGUAGCUCCUGAAAACAGCUCUGAGCUCUCUGAGAAACUGAAUCCAGAAACAUCACGAGCAAACACACCACCCUGCACACAGUGACGUCAUGUGGGACAACAAAACAGUGAACCUAACACCUCCAGUUAAAGCAGUUUAAUAUUGUUUUGCCGUUCAUUGUAAAACCUCUUUUUUCUGUUUUAAAGUAUUUGAUUUUUUGGGGCUUUUUAUUGCCUUUAUGAUAGAGACAGCUUAAGAUAGACAGGAAAGGGGGGCAGAGAGAGGGGAUGACACGUAGCAAAGGGCCGCAGGUCGGAUUCAAACGCUGGGCCGCUGCAGCAAGGACUCAGCCUCUGUACAUGGGUCACCAGCUCCACCCACUGAGCUAACCUGGCGCCUGGAAUUUCUGUUUUAUAGGAUUAUUCUUUCUGUCUCUUUAGGUUUGUAGUUUAAGAGUCUGUUCACAAAAAUUACCUCUAAUGAUAUGAAACAUGAAAGUAGAUUUUUUUUUAGGUUUUGUGAUAUCAGAAUUCUGCAUCCACUCAAAUACGACAAGUUUAAAACUGAAUUAGAUUUUUGGUGUAAAUAAAAAAAAUAUAUAAAUUAAUUAAAAUAAAAUUAAAGCAGGGAGAGAAAAACUACACUCAAUGCUCAGUGACCUUACCGACAGAUUAAAACUAACAUUAUUAAUUUGGUUGUGAUUUUAGAUUCUGAUUUAAAAUUUAAUUCUAAUUUUCAAACGGUAAAUAAAACAGCCUUGUUUCAUUUUAGAAAUAUUGAAAAAGUCCGAUCUUUUUUAAGUCUGAAAGAUGCUGAAAUACUCACUGACGCUUUUAUUACCAGUCGUGUAGAUUAAUUCCCUAAAAAGUCCAUCAGAAAGCUACAGCAAGUUCAGAACCCUGCGACUCAAGUCUAAACUAGAACCAGGAAAAUGGAUAACUCCUCUGCUGAAGACACCGGCUGCCUGUAUCUGUUAGAAUUGAGUUUAAAGUUCCUCCACUGCUUUCUCUGUAUCUUUAAAAGGAAAUUAAAAACGUUUAAUGUUCAAUCUUUUUAAUCUGGCUUUUACUUUGGAGUAAUGUUAUAGCCUUAGUUUUUAAGUAUUAAUCUUAGUUUUUUAUAUAAUUUGUCUCCCUGGUGUUGAUUUUUACACAGACAUUUAUUUGAUGUUUUAUAUUUUAGUGUUUUUACUGCAUUGAUGUUUUAAUUUGCUACAUGAAGCUGAAUGUUUGUAUGAAAGGUGAUAUAUGAAUAAAGUUGAGUUGAGUUAAA